UUAUUACAUAAAAAGCACGACACGCCCACACAGAGGAAAACACGGACAGAGUCAACAUGGCUGAAGCGGACGACCCCGAGACAACUUCAGGCGGAAUCUUACAGGAGAUUUUCACGUCUCCUUUGAACCUGGCCCUGCUGGCUUUGAGUCUUUACUUGCUGUACAAAAUUUUCCGCGGGGACAAGCCUCUGGAGGUGGAAGCAGCAGAGCCGCAGCUGCCCAAACUGAAAAAGCGAGACUUCACCCGAGACGAGUUGAAGCCUUACGAUGGGCUGCAGAGUCCCAGAAUCCUCAUGGCUGUCAAUGGAAAAGUAUUCGACGUGACCAGGGGCAGCAAGUUCUAUGGGCCGGACGGUCCAUACGGAGUGUUUGCCGGCAGGGACGCAUCCCGAGGCCUGGCCACCUUCUGCCUGGGUAAGGAGGCCCUGAAAGACGAACACGACGACUUGUCUGACCUGAAUGCCACGGAGCUGGAGAGCCUCUCCGAGUGGGAGACCCAGUUCACAUUUAAAUACGACUAUAUCGGGAAGCUGCUAAAGCCCGGCGAGGAGCCGACAGAGUACACAGACGACGAGGAAGUCAAGGACAAGAAAACAGACUAAAGAGUGAAACGCGAAGGUGACUUUAUGCCGAGGCAGUGCGGACUGCCACCGCUUUCCAGAAAGGAAAAUGGGGCCAUUCAGAACGACUGUAACCAGUGAGGGAAGAUGUUUUUUUUUGUUUGUUUGUUUUUUUAGAGGUGGACCAAGUGUACUCCUUUCAUAUGAAAUCAUGUUUCUCACUUUUCACCGUCAUUCCCGUUCCAAAAGGCCACAUACUCACCUUUAUUGUCAAUUCAGUGAGGUAAUAAAUGUCAUUUGCUAAGCUUUGUACAGACGGACAGACUGAAUGUUAUAAUACAGUCAGCCUGGAAAUGAUAUCCAUUUAAUAAAUAAACUUUUGAAAAGAGCAA